UGGCAGAAAACCUCUUCAGCAGCGGAGUCUCGGAUCCAGAUCGACCGCGGACAGCAGCUCGAGUGUCCUCCAGCUGCGGAUCACGUCUCCUUCCACAGACAGAUCAAUCUGGUGAAGAAGCACAAAGAGAACCACAGUUUUCUUCUUCAUGGUGGAGGACUGAUCUGGACCUGCUGCCAGUUGUGACUCAACGGAGAAACCCUCCAAGAGAAAGCGACCACACGUGGAGUCUUCGUCUGAGCAACAGCUUAAACACACUUGAACAGUUCUCUUACAUUCUGGAGGAAAGUUAAAACCAAGCAUCACAAACGUCUUUGUUACAACAUGGCAAAGAAAAACAGCCAAAAGGAUACUUCGGGGGUGGUGUUCGACACUCGCUCGAAAAUGGUGAUGUCCCAGGGAGGCACGGCGGAGAGGAUGAAGGAGAAGAUCAGCGCUGUCAGAGCAGUCGUCCCCAACAAGAGCAACAAUGAGAUCGUUCUGGUGUUGCAGCAUUUCGAGAACUGCGUGGACAAAGCUGUUCAGGCUUUCAUAGAAGGAAGCGCAGUUGAGAUCCUGAAAGAGUGGAAUGUCACCGGCAAGAAGAAGCCCAAGAAGAAAAAGAAGCCCAAGCCUCAGCCCGAGGCCCUGGCAGAGCUCGCCCCCCCGGAGGCGCCGCCGGCCGGCGAGGGGAAGGACGAGAUGAACGGGUUCCACGCCAACGGAUCGGUGGUGGACGGGGAGUCACUGGAUUCUCUGAGUGAACAGUUGGACUCGGCCUCCCUCGACGCAGCAGAGCUGGACUCUGAACCCGCCACGUCCGAAACAACUGGUGCAGAAGCAGAAAGUCAAGACAGAGCCCAGAGUCCCGUGUCUCCGCAGGAAGGACGAAAUCAUCCGGCUCCCAGAGGCAAUAAGGCCCGACGCAGGCCCGGCCCAAACUCACACCCCCCCACGUCCUCAUCAGGACCCAUCACUGAUGAACCAGCGGUCAAGAAGAUCGCUUCCACCAUCGACCGCUCUGUGAAGGACCUGCAGCGAUGCACCGCCUCCCUGACCCGCUACAGGAUGGUGGUCAAGGACGAGAUGGACUCGUCGAUCAAGAGGAUGAAGCAGACGUUUGCCGAGCUCCAGAGCUGUUUAAUGGACAGAGAAGUGACUCUGCUCUCAGAAAUGGACAAAGUGAAAGCAGAUGCCAUGUUGAUUCUGAACGCUCGGCAGAAGAAAGCCGAGCAGCUCCGACGGCUGACGGACAAGUCGGCCUCCAUGUCCGAGGAGCAGCUGACGGAGCUGCGCGCAGACAUCAAGCACUUUGUGAGUGAACGUAAAUACGAUGAGGACCUCGGGAAAGCAGUAAGAUUCACGUUCGAUCUGGAGCCGCUGAAGACGAGCAUCACAGGGUUUGGAUCAGUUUAUCAUCCACGCACAGGUUACUCCGCCCGGUCCCGCUGCAGCUCCACGUCCUCUUCCGUCGCCAGCCCGAGUCUCCAGGAAACUCCUCCUCCUCCUCCCACCCAGACCCAGAGCCCCCCCAGUGACCACCGCCCCCCGCCAAACAAACAGAUUUUCCAGGGCAACAGGCGCACGUUCCAGGGCCAAGGGUUCCAGCGGUAUAACGGCUCCUCCUACCAGGAGAGGAACGCUGCUCGGGCUAACAACCGUUACCAUAGCGAUGGCGCUCAUCCUUCGCAGCGCACCAACAACUCGAGGGCUCCGGCCCAUCCCUCCCAGUCCUCCCACAACCCAGACCGAUCGUCUCACAACGGGCUGCCACAGAGGCCUCCGCGGACGCCCUGCCCUUGACAUUUGGAAAAUC